AUGUCCUACUACUUCACAAUCCUCUCGCCCACGGACGUCCCGUUGUUCAACAUCGCUUUUGGCACCUCGAAAUCCGGCGGCGACGGCAUCGCCCGGUUCCGCUUCCCGGACGCCGCGCAGAACACGUACAUGACGCAGUUUAUCAUCAAUUCGUCGCUGGAUAUGCUCGAGGAGGCGCAGUGGAUGAGCGGGAAUAUGUACCUCAAACACAUCGACACCUACCCCCCCGCCUCAGCAUACAUCUCCGCAUUCCUCACCCCCUCCGGAACGCGCUUCGUCCUCCUCCACCAGCCCCCGCAGCCGAAUAUCCCCGCGUCCUCAAGCACAACAGGCGCAGCGGGUAGCAUGUCUAUGAGUCUAAGCGCGAGCACGACAUCUUCUUCAGGUGGCGGAUUAUUCGGCGGGUCCGGGAUCGGAUCGAGUGGACGCACAUCGAGCUCGUCUAUCGCGGCGAACCCGACGGCGCCGCAGACGGAGGAGGCUGUGCGCCAGUUUAUGAGUGAGGUUUAUGAGGGGUAUGUGAAGACGGUUAUGAGUCCGUUUUAUAGACGGGGGAUGGAGAUUAGGAGUCCCGUGUUUCGGGCGAGGGUUUCCGCGGCCGGGAGGAAGUGGUUGUAG